UUCACUCUCAUUGUGUCUUCAAACCCGCCACUACCGAACUAUACCUUAUGCUUUCCCAUCGUCAUGAUUCCAUGAACUCAGUCAAAAUUUUCAUAUACCCAUAGACGGCAUUACUCACUACCAUACUACCAUUCAACUGCCCUACACCUUAACACUGGUCAACACCAAAUCCUCCCCAUGGCGUCUCGCCCGAUCGUUCUGAGAUUUGAGAGCCGGAACGGCCAGUUCCGGUUGACUGUCAGCCCACAAGAACUAUUUCCCUCGCUCAAACAGAAGAUUUUGGAGCACCUUCCUCCAGAUACUGAACCCUCUUCGAUAAACCUUUCGAACAAGCCCAUAGGUACUGGUGGAGAUGAGAGACUUUUGGACACUCUCGAUGGUAUUGCACUUGGGACUGUCGGUCUAAAACACGGAGACAAGCUGUACCUUGGCUAUCAAGAAAAGCAAAGCUUGCAAGAUGGCUCUGCGAAUGGUCAUACUACGAAUGGAUCCUCUCGGCGUCUGAAUGGAGCCCCUGUUCCGCAAACCGAAACUGUUUCGAUUCGCCCCCAGCCUACCUCACCGACCACUAUAAUCAAAAACCCCUGGGAUGUGGUCCAGCAGUCGCCCCUCGACGAAGCGUUAGAUAAGAAGGAUGGGAAAAUAAAGCGCAACCGUGACAUGAAAAUGUGCAAACAUGGUCCCAAGGGCAUGUGCGACUAUUGCAUGCCGCUAGAGCCUUACGACCCCAAGUACCUCGCAGAGAAGAAGAUCAAGCACUUGUCGUUUCACUCUUAUUUGCGGAAACUCAAUGCUGCGACCAACAAAGCCGAGCUCAAGAGCUCCUUCAUGCCCCCACUCAGUGAACCAUACUACCGAGUAAGACGGGAUUGCCCGUCUGGACAUCCUUCAUGGCCCGAGGGAAUCUGUACCAAGUGCCAGCCAAGUGCGAUUAGCUUGCAGCCUCAAGAGUUUCGUACGGUAGACCAUGUGGAGUUCUCUUCUCCUGAUCUGAUUAACUCGUUGCUCGAUUUUUGGCGUAAAUCCGGUGCUCAACGGUUGGGAUUCCUCUACGGUACCUACGAAGAGUACACUGAGGUUCCUCUGGGAGUCAAAGCUGUGGUCCAGGCUAUCUAUGAGCCACCCCAGGUGAAUGAGAUUGAUGGCGUCACGCUUCACGAAUGGCACAAUGAGAAAGAGGUGGACGAGGUCGCACGCUUGUGUGGCCUUGAGAAAGUCGGUGUCAUCUUUACUGACUUGCUAGAUGCUGGACAAGGGGACGGCUCGGUUGUUUGCAAGCGGCACAUUGAUUCAUACUUCCUUUCAUCCUUAGAGAUUACAUUUGCAGCGCGGUUACAAUCUCAAUAUCCGAAAGCAACCAAGUGGAGCCGGACUGGUAGAUUCGGCUCUAACUUUGUCACCUGUGUUCUCAGUGGAGACGAGGAGGGUGCUAUUUCCGUAAGCGCCUACCAGGCGUCGGUUGCGGCAGUUGAGAUGGUCAGGGCAGACAUUGUUGAGCCGUCUGCGGAGCCCUCGGUCAUGCUGGUACAGUCCGAAGAGGAUGAUUCUGAGAACAAGUCACGGUAUAUACCCGAAGUCUUCUACCGAAAGAUUAACGAGUAUGGUGUUAGCGCCCAACAAAACGCGAAACCAGCUUUCCCUGUGGAGUAUCUUUUGGUCACUUUAACACACGGAUUCCCCACGGAAUCCUCGCCGCUUUUUGUUGAAGGUAGUUUCCCAAUUGAGAACCGUGAAGUCAUCGGCGAAAGCCAAGAGCUUCGUCACGUCGCGAAAAAGCUUGUUUCCCACGGCGACCCUGACAAGGCGAUUCGCGCCGUAUCCGACUUUCAUCUUCUGUGUUUCCUCCACUCUCUGUCCACAUUCAGCAAGGACGAGGAAGCACUCCUCGGCCGCGUUGCGACAAAUCAUGACCCCGCAGAUGGAGUCCAGUUGAUAAACACCCCCGGGUGGGCGACGUUGGUCACAAUUCUUCAGGAAAGUGGUGAGCGCCCCCCUAAGCGCCCCUGGCUGAGUUCGGCCGAUUCUCCACGCGCAGUGCCCCAAGCCGGGAAACGUUUAUUCCCCUCAAGGCCUGAAUCUCCAAAAUCAGAAAGUGAACAGCUUGCUAAGAGGUUCAAGGGAGCUAGUCUAGAGUGACUGGUCGAUCCGAGCCGCGUAGCCACAUUCCCCGUCGAAACGUCAUCCACCCUGCUCCCUUCGAUCAAAGCUGUCAUGUCAUCGGACGUCCUGGCCUAGCGUACGCCGGCUGUGCAACAACGUGCUCGUGCCUUAGAGUAUUUGAUAUGUUCUCCCGACUCCCACCUACCCUAUGCAUAUAUUUCGGCUGGUUUAGGUCUUAGAUCGUGAGGAUGGACAUCUUGUGAUAUAGCUCUCAAAGAUAUUAGAUGGUGCGGACGGAAUGAAUCUGCGUUACAGAAACAGUUGAGUUCCCAAGCUCGUGCGAACUGCCUCGGGGACGGUUACUGGCUAUUCUGUAAUAGUCGAAUUUCCAAGUUUGUGCGGAUUACCUACACUGAUCUCGAAUGUUAGGUACACCUACAGUUAAGA